AUGUCUUACCCAUUAAAUGCCGAGCGCGCUGGUUUAGUACCCGAGGAUGUCUUUAAGGCGUUUAUUGAAGCCAACCUGAAAUUACCACGUACAGAUAUGGUUGUUGCUAGUGCAGCUGGUUCAAUUGCCGAUAUGAGAGCACAAUCGUUAAAGGAAGGGUUUGCCAUUGAAGAUCGAGACCAUGCGCAAAAGCAGAGCAAAGAAUGGGCAGAUAGCAACGCUAGUAAAGAGCAACAAAAACUUGAAAAUGGAAUUGAAAACGAACAAGAAAAAGAAGAAGAACAAGAAGAAGAACAAGAUGAUGAUGAGGAUAAUGAUAACGAGGAUAAUGAAGAGGAAGAAGAGGACGAUGAUUAUGAUGAAGAUGAAGAUGGUGAUGAGCAAGAAAAUAAUGACAAAACUAAAAAUGAACAAAAAUACAAUGAUAACCACCGAAAACAAUAUCGCGAUCUUAGUCAGCUGGACUUUAGAAAUCGAAAUGACAAAAAUAAUGGCGAUGGACAUGAAGAUGACGAAGAGACUUUGGAAUAUAAAAGAUACUAUGAUGAAAUUGAUAACGAACUAUACGAUGAUAAAUACUGGGAAGAACUUAUUAAACAGAAAGGCGAAUUCAAACAUGUUUUUGUUGACCCGCGAUUUACACAUGUUCAACCAAAGCUUAGUAGUGAAAAGCAUAUCAACAAUGAACCUCUUGGAGCAUCUAAGGGUAGAAGUCAACAAUUCGAUCGAAAAAAGUCAGAAUUUGAAGAUAUUUAUAGUUGUCAGUAUUUGCCACGAAAGGAGAUUACCUACAAACGGUCGAGUAUGACGCCACAAACUUUACGCCAAGAAUUGGCAGAUAAAGAGGAGCAAAGGAAACAAUACAAGCGUUGUUUAGACUGGUAUGAUCAGUAUUUGGGUAAGGACAAAGACAAUUUUUACCAUGCCAAAAAGAUGUCGUUGCUUCGAAGAUUGCGCAUCUUGAAUGAUUGCAAGAUUCGAUUUCAAAGUUGGUCAGGAGAUGAGGAUAUACGUGACCCCGAGUUGGCUCAGUAUAUGGCGCAAUGUGAAAUUGAACGUGAUUAUGAGUUGACCAGGAUUAAGUUAUUUGAAAAAUACGAAAUGUUGAAAACAUCGUUAACUUUUUACCAAGACUCGAAUCAUGUUUAUAAGCAUUUGAAUGCAGUAUUGAUCAACAAGUUGGAAAAAUUGAAAAACUUUUUUGAAUAUCAAAAAGAGUUAUUUGAAGGAUAUUUAGCCAACGACAAAUCAGAUGUGUUUGCAAUUGAAAGUAAAGAGUCUACAAGAUUAUUCAGCGGUAUUGCCAGCAAGAACAAUUUGGAGAACGAUUUAGUAGAGAGUAAAGGUAUACUGGGAAAUUCACGGGAAGCCACAUCUUUGCUCACUGCAAAUGAUCAACUUAUGCAACUCUUGUCAAAAGCUCAAACUAAUACGAAAUUUCCUGUUGUUCAUGAUUUUAUGCCACUUAUUACUCAAAGGGAAUUUGCAAUAAUCACGAGCGAUAUACCUAAAAAAGUCAAGAAUGAUCUCAAAAUCAGUUCUUCGGCAAAUGCUCACAAUCCAGCUAAUAACAAGAACAAGAACAAGAAUAAGAAUAGUUCCACAAUGUCAUUAACACCAUCAUCGGCGUCAUUAAAACACAAGAUCUUCAAAAACCCAUUGUAUGAUCACGUUGCGGGUGCUUCCGGAUCAGACACGAAUGCAAGUGAUACAAAUACUGCUGGAAGUAGUGGUGCAACUGCUGGAAUGUUGAGAAGUAACGCACCAGUGCAACCGCCAAAGAGGAGAGGUAGACGUGCUGCUGGUGCUGCUGGUUCAGGUGGUGCAAUGUCAUCUGCAAAUGGAACCAUAAGCGGGUCAGAAGGCGCAUCGCCUCUACCUCCAUUUCCGUACGAUCUUAGUACCGCAAGUAAUGGUUCGGUUACUUAUGGGGGUGGUAAUGGGGGAGACGGAAAGUAUUCGGAAGCUGGAUUGUUAGCGAAAAUCACCAAGCAUUUCUAUGGGCCGCAAAUGGCGAACAAUGAAGAGUUGGUUGAUGAUUUAAAGAUGAUGGGUAUAGAAACGAGAUGGCCCGUGGGGAAAUAG